AUGUCUGGUUGCUCCAAAUGUAAAAGCGCAGCAGAUGUUAAAAUUAACGUGCUAAAAUAUUGCAACCAGUGCUUCUUGUCGUUUUUUGAGCUGAAGGUUCAAAGAAAUCUUCACAAGUUGCAUAGUAACUCCUCAAUUUUGAUUUACUUAAGCGAUUCGCCAUCUUCUUUAGUAGCCAUUGAGUUUUUGAACAAGACUCUGAGUGGUCGAAAAUUCAAAAAACUGUGCAUUUUCUGUAGGAAUUCCUUACUUUUCAAAACCAGUAUUCAAUUUGUGGAUGCUGAAUUCUCUCCCGAAAACGAAUAUUCUUUAAAAAGACAGAGCUCGGAUGUUAUCCAGUACUGUCUUGAGAACAGCUAUGAUGUUCUGCUUUAUGCUGAGAGUAUGAAUCAAGCGAUCACAGGCUCCCUAUUGUUGCUUUGCAAAGGCCAAGGACUUGAUGCUGUUAGCUACUGUUCAAGGAACCAGUACGAUUCUCUCAAUAUUGUUAAUAUUUUCGAAGGAGUUAAGCAGAAGGAGAUCUCAUACUAUCUAUACCUGAAGGGCAUAAACGACAUAGAUGCUAAACCUAGAGAUGUGCUGAAAAACAAAGACAUACCAGUUAGAGUUGUUAUUGACAAGUUUAUUUCUAAGCUUGAUGAGAAAAAUGAACUUGCUGUUUUCAAUAUCAAAAACACCUUUAAGAAGCUGUACAAAAGCGAAUAA